ACAAAGCAAGAAUGUUUUAAGUCCAGCCCCAAAGUAAUGCAUGCUUUCAUUAUGCAAUAAGGACUGGUUGUUUAUACUUACACCCUUUCGGGAAAAAAGCCAAAAGCCUAUAGUGCUAUUGCUCAGAAAAAUUUAAGCAGCUGUGGUAAUGUAAUUUAAAACCUCUCAAAAGUUUGCUGCAGCGCUUUCACCAGUUUAGUAUACUAUGACUGCCGGGUACUGCCAGUCCUUUUAGAGGAUUCCCUUUCCUGUACUAUGAAGAAGGAAACUGAAAUUCAAACCUGGAGGCAGCCUGAAACAUCCAAAUAGAUGAGCUUGUGACAUCCUCCUCCAGUGCCGAGAGAGAGAUUUCAUAUACCCCAGCUGUGCCUCCUUGAUUCUGAAUCACACUAGUUGAAGACUUCCAAAUUCAGAUUUCAAAGAAAUACUCUGACUGUUCCAGCUGUCUUACAAAGUAAUUGGGGCCAGCUGGAUGUCAGGAUGCAAGUGGUUACGAUUAUAAUACUACUCUUUUUUUGUAAGGCAUCUGACUUCAGGAAGACAAGAAAUGGAAGUUCAAGACACAAAGCAAGUAAUGGAAGGGCCAAUGGCUUAAGAAAAGUAUCCAGCCCUGUUAAGCGGAAUACUCCAGUCCUUCCAUGUGACAUAUACACCUAUCUUCAUGACAAAUACUUAGACUGCCAAGAAAGAAAACUGACAUUUAUAUUGCCUGAUUGGCCUGAAGAUUUAAAACACAUGCUUCUAGCAAGAAACAGGAUUCGUAAACUGAAGAACAGUAUGUUUUCCAAGUACAAAAAAUUAAAAAGUCUAGAUUUACAACAAAAUGAGAUAUCAAAAAUUGAAGACCAAGCUUUUUUUGGUUUAAACAAACUAACUACACUUUUACUUCAGCACAAUCAGCUUAAAAUCUUGUCUGAGGAGGUGUUUAUUUACAUGCCUCUUUUAAAUUACUUACGCCUAUAUGAUAAUCCUUGGCACUGCAAAUGUGAAACAGAAACUCUCAUAGCAAUGCUGCAGCUUCCAAGGAACAGGAAUUUGGGGAAUUAUGCUAAAUGUGUAUAUCCAACAGAAUUAACAGGUCAAAAACUUAAGCUGAUAAAAGUUGAACAGUUGUGCAGCAAAGAGGAAAGACGGGAUCCUACUGGUCUAGUUGUACCAAAACCUGAAAUCCCUAGACCUGAAUUUGAUUCUUCUCUCUGCCACAUUUAUGUGUUUCCUGUGCAAACUCUGGACUGCAGAAGGAAAGAGUUAAAGAAAGUUCCUGGCAACAUACCUUCAGAUAUUGUUAAACUUGAUCUUUCUAACAAUAAAAUCAAGCAGCUUCGACCAAAGGAGUUUGAAGACAUUAAUGACCUAAAAGUAUUAAACCUGAGUAGUAAUGGAAUAGUUCACAUAGAUCCAGCCGCUUUUGCAGGUCUCAUCAACCUGGAAGAAUUAGAUUUCUCAAACAACUCCCUGCAAAAUUUUGAGUAUGGGGUAUUAGAAGACUUGUAUUUUUUGAAAGUACUGUGGCUUAGAGAAAACCCUUGGAGAUGUGACUACAAUAUUCACUAUCUUUUCUACUGGUUGAAGCACCACUACAGUGUUCAUUAUAAUGGCCUAGAAUGUAGGAAACCUGAGGAAUACAAAGGAUGGCGUGUUGGAAAAUAUGUCAGAAGUUAUUAUGAAGAGUGUCCCAAAGACAAGCUCUCCAUUUACCCAGACACAUUUGAACAGGACACAGAAGACGAAGAAUGGGAAAGGCACAAAGAACACCCAAUGCAAACAGGAAAGAAACAUGGAGUAAUUGUCACUGUAAUAGGUUAAUUUGUCCACUGUUACAAUCAAGCCUCACAUUUUUGUAAGGGGGAAAAAUCCAUUUAUAUAUAGAUAUAUAUUUUGUUAUUGUCUUUGUUCAUAAGACACAGUCUGUGAAUAUAUUUUUGUAAUUA